CUUUCACUGUACUUUGUUGGCUUCACUGCAUUUCUCAUGCAGCUAAACUUGCAUCUUGAGGAUUUUUACGCUAUUCAAACUGAAUGGACCUCAUUUCUUACAGAUUCAUAAAAUCUGAGGCUUUGUUCUGGAGUUUUAUUGAGCGCUGUUGGGGUGAAAGUGUUUAGUCUGGUGGGCUUUUUGCUUCCUGUUUUUGUAUUAUUGUGGUUGCAGCUAAAAAUAUGAGUAACUUAGGUGAGAUGCAGAGACUGUAGCGUUUCCCUUUCUCCUUCUCUGCCUUUUUUUUUUUUGUCGUUCUCAUGGUAAAUAAGUCAUAAAACCGCUUUAAAUAGUCAAAUUUAGAUCAGCUCAUGUUUAAUGAGUCUAAAGUUUGCUAAGUCUCCGUUAGCUAGCAGACUAGCACGCUAUGCUAGCUGACCACCAAAUCUUGUUACACGAUGUAAACAUAUAAGAAAACAGUCUGUAUUUUUUUCUUUUCUUUUAUAUCUUUGGCUUUAAUCCGUCGGAAUCCGACCGAGUCUGGAGAGCAAAAAGCUUCUCGGCCUCUGUCAGGAUAUUCGCCGGAAUAUGGCGUGACGUGUCGGUCAGGCUGUGAGCGUGAGCAGGAUCCCGUUAGGUAACGUUCCCCCCACGUCUGUGAAUAGAGAAGACAUGGACAGCUCAGUCACCCUGUGGCAGUUCCUGCUGCAGCUUCUGUUGGAUCCCAGCAAUGACCAGCUCAUCUGCUGGACCAGUGAGGAUGGAGAGUUCAAACUGUUGCAGGCGGAGGAGGUGGCCAGAUUAUGGGGCGCCCGCAAAAACAAACCCAGCAUGAACUACGACAAACUCAGCCGGGCUCUGCGUUACUACUACGACAAGAACAUCAUCAAGAAAGUAAACGGGCAGAAGUUUGUGUAUCGUUUUGUAUCGUACCCUGAUAUCCUAAAGGGAGAUGUCAUGGCCAGAAUGGAGGGUGCAGACGGCGGCUCAAACGGACCUCUGCCCCUUUCCGACAAACUUGCAAACAUCUCCAGGGAUAAAGACAGCAAAGCUGCCCCAGACCGAGGUGCAGGAACACCUGGUCAGUCCAAAUCGUCCAGUCGAAAUGACUAUAUCCACUCUGGCUUGUAUACAUCCUUCACGUUGACCUCUCUGCAGUCGGGAACGCAACUUUUUCAAUCCAUGAAGGUUGAAAAUCCAGGAGAAAAGCUAAUGGAGAAAAAGGCAGCCCAGGAGUCGCCCCAGCCACCCACUGUCAUUAAAUUUGGGACCAUGCCACAGAGCAGACACACCACUCCGUCUGUUAUAGGGAAGCUUGAACUUCCGACACAAUCCACCCAAGCCCCACUGCACGAUCCGGCAGAACCGGAGUCCAAACAGGCCGGCGUCUCGUAUGUAGUGUGUGCGUUUGUGGAGAAUCCCACCUCCGAGAACGCCAUGACGGGCUUCCCGCUCUCAAGAAUCUCUUCAUCGCCACUCACGCGUUCCCAGUCGCCCUCCUCUUCUCCGAUGACGGAUUCCCAGGAGCUGGUGAUUGACAGUGAAAUUGAGUCCCUCUCCUCACAGCCUUCAGAGUUACAGCUGCAGGACCAGCCCAGCUCUGAUUCCAAGGACAUUGUACCAGUGUCUGAGAUGUCUGAAUCUCCACUGCGCAAUCUCAGCGGAAAGUCUAAGAAACCCAAAGGCCUGGAGUUGAUGCCCACGCUGGUGGUGACCAGCUCUGACCUCAGCCCUCUCAAUCUGUGCAGCCCAUCCCUCCCUACGGCCUCUCUCACCCCAGCCUUACUGCAGACACCCCUGCUGCUCACACCCAGUCCACUUCUGUCCAAUAUCCAUUUCUGGAGCACACUCAGUCCGAUGGCACCCCACAGUCCCGCCCGGAGACAGGGCGCGCAUACCCUCUUUCAGUUUCCUUCUGUACUGAGUUCCGCGCAGUUCUCUGUUCCCGUGUAUAACUUAGACGGCACCAACACGCCCGGCCCUCUCUCACCCGACCCACAGAAGACAUAAGAGGGGGACAAAGACCGGCACACUUCAUCUUUGCCUCAUGUUCUUGAUUGAUAAACGCAGAUUAACCUCAUUCUGUUCACCUGAUCUGGCACACUUCAGGUAACAAAGAUUUAUGACCGCCAUUUAAGCAUUUAAGGUCAUCCGUUUGACUGGAACCUUUGUGAUGUCACUGAUACUUUUCCUUCGGAUGUAUAUCAAGCCAUCAGAUACAUCAGUAAAUCUUUCGUUUCUAUUUUUUAAUGCGCUGGUCUUCAGGGAUCGGCUCUCGUGUGACUAAAGCAGAUGGCUGUCGAUCUGCACAGCUGCCAAAAUGGGAUUUUAUCAUAAAACGUACAUUGUUUGAUCAUUAGAUUAAGAUCCGAAUUGAAUUUCCUUGUCUUUUGUUUCUUGUGGAGCUUAAGACUUCGAUCAGAUGCAGAAGAGAUUCUCACGUGACGUCGGCACCGUGUAUUUGUACAGCAAGAUCCUUGUUCUGCAUUGGAUAAAGAGGGAUCGUUUUGUACAUAAUCCAACGAGUUCACCUCGUCUCAACUCGUGUUUGCCUUUUGUUUGGGAAGUCCUCAAACAAACCUGCCUUGCCAAGCUAAACCGCCCCUUUGCCUUGUGAUUUUGAUAAUGGUGACCUCCGUUUUAUCUUGUACCUUUCCUCAUGCUGCACUUACAGCCAUGUAUUUAAAGUGUUCUGUAACCACAUAAACGGCACUUAGAUUAAAACAAGCUGCACUUACUAGGGCUUUUGCUCCUAUUUGUGUUUACUCGCCAUCCAGAACAGUAGUGAACUAGUUGUCUUAUUUUACAAAAUUAAUAUUGUACAGUUUGUGUCUACAUCUUCAGUUCAGUGCAUCACCCUGUAAAGCUAGCUGGUGCAACCCUCAAACAUGUUCCUGACAGCAUUUUAUUAUUCGAGAGCCACAUGAACACAAUCACUUUAAGCAGUGAUUACAAUCAGAAUCAGCAGAAGUCAAGUUUAUUUGGGAUAGUCCACCAAGUCAUUCCAAACCUGCAUGUCUUUCUUUUUUUAUGAGGAACACAAUCUUUUGGAGAACGUCCAUGCAAUGGAAGUCAACAACAUUGGACCCCAUUGACCUUCAUUCUGAGACACAUGAUAGAAAUAUCAUCUUUUGUGUUCCACAGAAGAAAUAAGUCAUGGAGGUUUGCAACAAAAUGGGUGGACUAUCUCUUUAAGAAUAUUGAGGCUAACAUUCAGGACGUUCUUGAUGUGACCCUCAUCACUGGAAAACACAUUUUAAAGUGACAUCUUGUAGCAUUAACCCCAUCUUUUCUGGUGCUUUGACCAUGAUGCACAUUUUUGAGUAGGCCAGAUUGGCGUCGCCCACGCUGUAAUGCUUGAUGGCGACUGUCUAAUGAAGCGCGUUUCCAAACACGCCCCAACGCCAUUGAACCAUUACCGUAACACCACCAGAUAUGCCACUGUGGCCAUGCUUAUCAUGCAAAUCUUUUCCUAUAAACCAUUUCCUCCUCUCUGAAAGACUGGAAGCCAUUAGGAAUGAUUUCAGUUGAGUGGGAAAACCCAAGGACUUGCUUUACUCCAAUAGACUGCUGAUUCACCAUUAAUCUAAUGGAGCGUACACAGCAUAAAAUGGAAUGGCUCAGUGCUUAAAGCCUCAUGCCACCAUUAGGAUGGUUGGAUUGCUGGAGAUCGGUUGGAUGUGUACCGUAACUGGAUGGCUGUCUGUAGAGCCCAGGCCAAAUGCUCAAAACCAUUACUGCAUUUGUCAGCCUUCCCAGUGUUGUGCAAGAUUCAAUCCCCCUGCAGAAUGCAAUCUACCUUGGACAACAAUGCAAAGCUGUUUGUAAUGCCCAGUCAGAAGUGUCUGUCCUUGUAGCUGGUUAGCAUGGUCCAGUUAACCUCUGCUGGUAGAUUAGACCAUAUAUUUUUCUCCAUUGAUGGUCAUUCAGAACUGCCAUGUGUUUUCGAAGGCAACAAAUAUAUUUGAGUUUGCAUUAUAGUAAAUACAUAAAAAAAUG